AUGCCAAUACCACUUCCUCCACAAGCUGGAGCCGCUAUCCUUCCCCCUGCUCCUCAAGACCCACCUGUUUUGGCAGAUGUGGUUCGUGCAAAAUAUUAUCUAAGGAGUGUUGAGACAUCAGUUCGAACUCAUGUACCCAAUGGACCCACACCUGAUGAUGAAGCAAGGGCUGAUAUCUAUAAAACCCAAGUAGCUCUUGCUCACUCAGCUGGUGAUGCUGCUCAAGCUCCACCAUGGUUUUUACCAGCAUUAAAUGCAGCACUGAACACAGCAUUCACUCAACAACUUACACCACUCAAGUUUACUCUCACACAGACAUACAACAUGCUCCUGCAUGAUGGUGAAAACUGCCCUUUUGACAUUGUACCCUUCCCAGAUGGCUCCAUGCCAAAUGCUCCACCUCACAACUUGCCACUGUUGACCAGUGCAGCAACGAUUGCAGGCCUGAAUCCAAGUCAGCUUAAUUCUUACUGCAAUGGGUAUGUUGGUGUGGGUCAUGGCUUAGUGGGAGCAGCAAGCCAGACUGCUAUUGCACAAGCAAUUGGGUGUAAAGUUAUUCCUUAG